AUGGCGGCCACCAUAACAAAGCAACCUGGAGAAGUUGAAGGCUCGUUGUACGAACUUCAAAGGCUCCAAGAGAAAGCUGAAAGGUAGGAAAUGUAAAGGAUUAGACAAAGGAGCUCAAGCAAGUUCUGAAUAGUGAAUAUUUUUCAUAGCUAAGAUAUAUUUUGAACUUGAGCUGCCCACAAGUUCAUCAGAUGAUGAUCGCUUUUUGGCGAGUUUUUCUUAUGUUUGCAUAAUUAAGCUUUACUGCUGUAAUUGAUUACUUGUUCCAGACGAAAUUUGAAUGAAUGAUGGACUGUCACUGCUUCUUAAAGUGCUUUAGCACCUACCUCCUCACCCUAUUGGAAAAGAAAAUUCCUAUCCCUCCAAAAAAAGCAGUGGAGUUUUAAGUACUUACUGGUAGAUCUCGCAGCCACUUGUUCUGGGCAUUCUACUAUUAUUUUAUUGUAAUUUUAUUCAUAAUUUUUGGUCUUUUGAAUUUCUCAACCUGGUAGUUGAUCAGUUAAAAGAAAGAAGAAAUAAACUCCGCAAAAGGCUGAAUAAUGGUCCCCAUGAAAUAUUACAAGAGUAUCUGAAAAAAAGUAAAGGUAGGUUUAUUUGGCAGAUUUUCUGAAGCACAGUAUUAUUUCACUUAAUCGGAUGUUUGUCCCCUACAUAUAAAUUAUUAUUUUGUUUUGCAGUACUUGCACUUAAAAUGCAUCCUGGCAAAUCAAAUUAUUUCCCAAUUAAACAUGCAGUAAGAAGUGCAUUAAACAAAAUUAAAUGCCAUUGUUUUCCCCAGUUGUAAUGGAAUAUAAUAUUGUUGUUUUAAAUGGAACUGUUCAAAAAUUUAAAUCAUGAAGCAAAUUAGUCGACUGGUGGUUUGUGUUCAAAAGCCAAAUUAUUUGCUUUGCAGUGCUUGAACAUUAUAAAGAACUUUUUUGUGAGGUUAGUUAUAAAUAUUAUUGACUGCACAUGAAACAGUUAACUUGUAAUGGCAAAAGGUAGUGAGUACCACUGAGCAACUUACAUUAUUUUUUACAUCCACACCUGUAUUCAUUUUUAACAGUGUCAAUUUGUCUAACAAUGACUGUCCUUAAAGUGCUAUUCCCUCUGUUUUUUUAUAUUGAUUAUUUUUGUGCUUGGCUUAACUUUGUUUAAGAUCAGUGUUCAAGGAAGGACAUUGUCACAGGCACCAGUAAUAAGGUAAGUACUAUAUAGCUGAUUGUGAAUGGUAAAUGAGAAAGUGUUUCAUGUGUACUGGUGACAAUAUUAAUUUUACAGAUAACUAAGGGAAAAAACCUCAGUGCUUUACUAAGGUAGUAAAUAUUAUAAUCUACAGAAAUAACAUCAUAUUGACAAGAAAAUGUUAUUGAAAGUAUUACAGAAAUUUUGAUGUAGAUGAAAAACUAUCAUUUUGGGGUAGCUAAAAGUUAUGUUUUGUUUUGAAAAUUGUCAUCAAAUUGCAAAAAUUAGGUGCCACUGUGACAUAAAUAAUAAUUUUAAUAAUGUACUGAUGAAAUUUGUACUACAUGUGGGCAGUUUUUUUUUUAUUCAAGCGCUGUAAAUAUCAGUUACCUUAGCAGGGCUGUCACCAAGAUUGCAUGUUCAUGGCUAUUACUUUAGCCAAGGAUCAUACCUGUAGUAGUCAUGGGAAAUCCCUGGGCCCUAGCCCUGAUUGAAAACCCUGUCUUAAUAUGCCAUCUUGUGUAUUUAAACUUCACAAUGGUACAUGUAUCCAUGGCCAAGGCUUGAACUCAGAUCACCCCCAAAUCCAAAGUUGUAUACAUUAUUAAUAACCACUACUAAACCACCACGUGUCCUACAGUUGACAAUAUUAUGUAUAUUUAUAGGCUAUCAUCACAGCUGUGAGAAUGUUACAAAAACAUAAGGUACGAGGAACAUCUCACUUUAUAAUACUUAAAAUAACUAUUGGAGGUUUUAGUUUACCCGAUUUUUAAGCUAUUCUUUCUCUUUAAGUAUUUAAGUGACAUAUUCAGUAUUCUUUAGAAUCAUUAUACUCAAAUAUUUUAAGGCAAUGCUUUUCUGCUUUCAGCUUACUGACCUGUGUGACACCUACAGACUGACACGCAUCUCAGUAGCUUCCCAGGAAGCCAAAAGGACUUGUUUUCGAUGCGAAACAUUUUUUAACUAUAAGUUGAAAUAUGAAGUUGGUGCAUAUUCUUAGCAAUUUGCUAAUAAUUCUAGGAUUCUCCCUCCCUAAUUAUCUAUACAUUGUUUCUCUGGAUACUUCGAAUGUCCUGUUUUUGUCAGAUACAAAAAAUCCUCAAGCUCGACCUAGAGGCCACCUCUUUAUCAAACAGCCUCUUUUUGUCCCGAUAAACAGAUCAUAAUAUUCAUACAUUCAUUCUUUUUUCAAGCUCCCCUUGACCACUUCUUUACAAUUACCAUUUACCUCCAACCCCCUUAGUUGUUAUUUUGGUUUUCUUGUUGUACAAGUCAGAAGAUCACCAAUUUUGAUCACUUGAAAUUCAAGUUGUAAGUAAUUCUUUUUUUCAACCAACAGCAAGAUACCGUGAACCAUAUUAUAUUGAAGUAGAGUUAAAGGACAAUAAUUUGAAGGUG